AUGGCGUCCUUGAACAACAACACACAAGUUGAUGUAGUGGAAGAGCAGCAUUGCAUGCGAUUUCCGGCCGCCUCCAGCAGAGGCAUUUGGUUCGGAGAGAAUCCGUUGGACGAUACCCAUCCUCUAAUGCUGGCCCAAAUCAUCCUAGUCGUUGUUACUUACCAGCUUCUUUAUUUUUUGCUCGGGCCAUUGGGACAAACCAAAUUCGUCUGCAAUCUCCUGAGUGGCAUUAUCUUGGGGUCGUCUGCUCUUGGGGGCACCAAGGGAUUCAAGGACAGACUAUUCGCAGCCAAAGUGAUCCCGCUGUUCGACUCAAUGGCCAGUGUUGGUGCAAUAUACGCCUUAUUCCUUGCUACAUUGAAAUUCGACGCACUCCGCUUCAAAAGAACGUCGAAGAAAGAUACCGUGAAAAUUGGUCUGGCCUUGGAUGACCUCAACCUUAUGACCUCUGAGUUGGGCCAAUUUGCCAUGUCCUCCGCCCUCCUCAACGAUGUGAUCUACUGGAUCGAAAUUACAUUCUAUUUCUUAUUCGCGCGAGCACGCGCAGGCCAUGGCAUUCAGAGUUUUAUGUCCUUGCUUGGGUUGACAUUAUUCACUUUCUACGUCAUACGCCCAACUAUAAUGUGGAUUAUCAACAACAUCCCCCAAGGACAAGAAGCCAAGGAAGUUCAUGUAGUUGCAAUACAACUUGGGGUUCUAGUUCUGGCAUUUAUCUCCGACACCUUAGGCCUGGCGAUGGACACAGGUCCUAUACUUCUUGGGGCAGCCAUACCAGGGGGACCACCUCUUGGUGCAGCAAUAGUCCACAAGACCGAAUAUUUGGUCUCCCAAUUUCUUAUGCCAAUCUUCUUUUACCGCAUUGGAUACAGACUAAAUGUGUUUUCGAUUCGCGAUUGGACGAGUUUUUCCACACUUCAGUCAAUCAUUGUCGUGUCGUAUGUUUCAAAGAUUGUGACAGUUGUAGCGGCCGCAAUGUGGUGCAAAAUCGGGUUUAAAAAUAGUCUAAAGCUCAGCAUAGCCAUGAGCAUCAAGGGUAUAAUAGACGUUCUUAUUUAUUCUCGAUGGAGGGCCACAAAGGAAAGCAUCCACAAGCUGAUUUACCUCCUGGAAGCCUCAUACCCGACGCAAGCAAGCCCCAUCAUCACCUACAUGGUCCACACAGUCGAGCUGAUGGGGCGUGCCGCGCCUCUACUAAUUCCUUACAAGAGAUUAGAGUGCAGAAAUGCAUCAUCAAGCACAAAUGAAUCAUCAUCAAUCCAUCAAAUGAUGCGAGCCUUUGAGAAUUACUCAGAAAACUCCAGAGGACCGGUCACGAUCCAUGUUUACAAUAUGAUCGCUUCCUACAAAAGCAUGCAUGACACUAUUCUCCGUCUUGCGCAUGACAAGGUUGUACCUCUUAUUAUCUUACCAUUCCAUGAUCACCGGGGUACGGUUUACCACAAUUUGAUUGCUCCCAUACGCCAAUUCAACAUCAAUGUGCAAACAAAUUCCCCAUGUACAGUGGGAAUACUUGUUGACCGAGGCUUGGCUUGUCAGCUGAGCUCGACAUACUAUUCCUUCAAUGUAGUGGUGAUUUUCAUUGGUGGAGCAGAUGACCGUGAGGCGUUGGCCUACGCAGGACGGAUGUCUGGCAAUCCUGACGUGGGAAUGACAGUUCUGCGAAUAAUCUUGCGGAGUAAACUAGAAGGAGGUAGCCAAGAGCAGGAAAUAGAGGCCAAGCUAGACCAGUCUUUGAUCGACGAGUUUAAGCUGGCGAACACCGGGGAUGAGUGCCUGAAUUGGCAUGAUAUCGAGGUGGAUGACAGUGCACAAGCUAUGACUGCCAUUAAGAAGUUGCAAGGCAAUUAUGACCUUGUCAUGGUAGGGCGGCGACACGUGGAGAUGUCGCUGAGGGAUGAAGAAAUGGAGGAAUUCGUGGAGCAUCCAGAGCUGGGAGUGAUUGGUGACAUGCUUGCUUCUUCAGAUUUCUGGGAUGGAAUGGUGAAUGUGUUGGUCAUGCAAGAAAGCAGGGGAUUAGGCUAUGGAGCUUUUCAUAGUGACUCUGCAAGGUUUUCAGAGAAUAUAUAUGAAUGA